AUGGCUUUAUCGGAUUUACCGGACAUCAAAGUGCUUCUCUUUUGUAUCCUUCUUCUCCUCUACCUUCUAACACUCACAGGUAAUACAGUCAUCAUUGUCGUGUCCUAUUUGGAUAGACACCUACACAAGCCAAUGUACUUCUUUUUGGGCAAUUUAGCUUUCCUUGACAUCUGUUACACAUCAACCACAAUGCCCCAAAUUUUACAGGUUCUUCUAGCCAAGACAAAGUCAAUCACAUUUAUUGGCUGUGUAACUCAGGUUUUUUUCUUUGUGGUGUUUGUGGGCACUGAACACAUCCUUCUCUUGAUAAUGUCCUAUGACAGAUUUUUAGCUAUAUGUCGCCCUCUCCGAUAUAUGGUCAUGAUGAGCCAAAACGUUUGUGCCAGGUUGGCCUUUGUGUGCUGGUUUAUUGCUGUUGUGAACUCCACAGUUCAUACCUCCGUCACAUUUCGCCUUCACUUUUGUAGAACCAGAAAGAUUGAGAAUUUUUUUUGUGACAUCCCACCACUGCUUUCUAUUUCCUGCGAUGAUACAUCCAUAAAUGAGGCUCUGUUGCUCUCCGUUGGGGCUUUCAUUGGGUGGGCACCAUUAAUUAGCAUAAUCAUCUCGUACAUAUACAUAAUUGUCACGAUAAUGAAGAUCAAAUCUGAAGAAGGAAGACAAAAAGCAUUUUCUACGUGUGUCUCCCAUCUUACUGUCGUGAUCCUGUAUUAUGGAAGUGCUAUUUUCAAUUAUGCAAAGCCAGCUUCCGCACAUUCUACAAGUAACGAUCGACUCAUUUCAGUCUUGUAUAGUAUGGUGAUUCCAAUGUUGAACCCGGUGAUAUACACCUUAAAGAAUCAGGACGUCAAAGAUGCCAUCAAUAGACAGUUCAUCCAAAAAACAAAACUCUAA